AUGGUUCGAGAGAAAGUAACAGUAUCUACUCGGACACUGCAGUGGAAGUGUGUUGAAUCAAGAGUAGACAAUAAGCGUCUUUGUUAUGGACGCUUUAUUCUGUCUCCACUUAUUAAAGGUCAAGCCGACACAAUAGGCAUUGCGAUGCGAAGAGCUUUGCUUGGAGAAAUAGAAGGAACAUGUAUCACACGUGCAAAAUCUGAGAAAAUACCCCAUGAAUAUUCUACCAUAGUAGGUAUUCAAGAAUCAGUACAUGAAAUUUUAAUGAAUUUGAAAGAAAUUGUAUUGAGAAGUAAUCUGUAUGGAACUCGCGGCGCGUUUAUUUGUGCCAGGGGUCCUGGAUAUGUAACUGCUCAAGACAUCAUUUCACCGCCUUCUGUGGAAAUCGUUGAUAAUACACAACAUAUAGCUAGACUGAUGGAACCGAUUGAUUUGUGUAUUGGAUUACAAAUCGAGAGGAAUCGCGGAUAUAGUAUAAAAAGGCCAAAUAACUUUCAAGACGGAAGUUAUCCUAUAGAUGCUGUAUUCAUGCCUGUUCGAAAUGCGAAUCAUAGUAUUCAUUCUUAUGGGAAUGGGAAUGAAAGACAAGAGAUACUUUUUCUCGAAAUAUGGACAAAUGGGAGUUUAACUCCUAAAGAAGCACUUCAUGAAGCCUCCCGUAAUUUGAUUGAUUUAUUUAUUCCUUUUCUACAUGCGGAAGAAGAAACUUUACAUUUAGAGUACAAUCAACACAAGAGCACUUUACCCCCUCUUACUUUUCAUGAUAGAUUGGCUAAACUAAGGAAAAACAAAAAAGAAAUAGAAUUGAAAUAUAUUUUUAUUGACCAAUUAGAAUUGCCUCCCAGGAUCUAUAAUUGCCUCAAAAGGUCCAAUAUACAUACAUUAUUAGACCUUUUGAAUAAGAGUCAAAAGGAUCUUAUGAAAAUUGAAGAUUUUCGCAUAGAAGAUGUAAAACAGUUAUUGGGCAUUCUAGAAAAACAUUUCACAAUUGAUUAA